ACCAAGCAAGUGCUUGACGAGACGAGACACACACACAGAGGGGAGAGGAAGAAGUAAAGGCUCACCGAUUGUCCGAAGAGGCUGAGGUCCGCCAAUUGUUACAGGAGAGGGAGAAAGGGGAAAAGAAAGAGAGAGGACGCCUGUGCUGUGUCCGGAGACGCUCUUUUCGAACGACACCGGCUUUGCCCUGUUGCCGCGUGGAGACUUGGCUGCCGAGGAUAGUGAGAGGCGGCGUCCCCACGGGCCGCAACAUUCCUAGCGACAUGGAGGGAUUCGUGGAGGGGGAUGACCCUGGAGACGCCCCUCCUCCUCCUGCCGUUACUCCCUCUACGGCAGCUGCUCCUGGCAGCAACAGUAAGAGGCUUACCACCAGAGCCGGUACAGGCACAGCGGCUAGCCUUGCCGGCAUGGUAGCGGCGAGGUCAUCAGGGGCCGCCGACGGCAUCAGCCCCGUGCACGGCGCGUACGGACUGGCCAUCGAGGAGGAGGUCGAGGACCUACUCUCCAGCCACAUGAAGUUCAUGCAGGGGAGGUCUAGCCCUUCGAACGGGUCGGGUUCGUCACAGCGGUCGGGGUUGGGGGGAAUAUCGGUCUCCUACCGGGCGGGAUCCUCGUCAAAACCGAUGGACGCGAGGCAAGGGGAGAUGCCGAUUGCGUUGGUGGCCAUCGUGACGUUCGAUUUGAGGCAAGGCCCGUGCCUGGUGUGUGUGGAUCCGCCCAUAGAGGACGAUCAGGGACAGCCGACGCUCCCGCUUACGGCCGCUGACAUUCACGUCCUUAGAUCAGACAUGCCCUUCAAGGCCCUCCCGGAAAAUGGCCUGGCAGCAGCCGAGCUCUCCCAGGGGCCGAGCCGCACCGCUUCGCCCGAAAGCGAAGGAGGGAUCUGGGGAUGGGCCAAAGGCUGGGUCAUGCCUAGCGGAGAAGGGGGGGGGGCACACGGAGGGGACAGCGCGAGGGGCGGCGACGCGAGGGGAGGGGAGGGGGGAGGGGGAUCCCGGCAGCACCACGGGCACUGCCUCUUCAUGCUGAGGGUGUCCGGCGAGAACCUGUUCGGAAUGAGCCACUUCCUUCGUGUUGAGGACCCCGACUCUCCUCGAGGGUACACGCAGGGAGCCGCGGUGUGCCUGUCCCGCCUCCCGUUUUUCGGUCUGGUCCUGCAGAGGCUGCACGCUUUCAGCAUGGACGUAAUUGACAGGAACGGGUGUGCCGGGCAGCUGGCAGCGUUGGCGGCGGACCUGAGGGAGACACGCUUCGAGGACCUCGGCCACAGCUCCGUCUAUCAGGUGUGA